AUGGAUCACAUUCGAGAAACCUUUACUGAUAGCAAAAGAAAGGGUCGCCCAGUGUUAGUGACUUUUGUCACUGCUGGCUUUCCCACACCAGAGGAAACCCCAGAUAUCAUGCUUGGGCUCCAGGCGGGCGGUGCAGAUAUCAUCGAGCUUGGCUUACCAUUCACUGAUGCCGUCGCCGAUGGUACUCUUGUCCAACAGGCUUCAAUGACGGCGAUCAAGAACGGGGUCACAGUUCAUUCUAUAUCCCUCAUGGUCCAGGAAGCGCGAAAUAGGGGGCUGCAUAUUCCAAUUCUAUUUAUGGGCUAUUAUAACCCGAUCUAUCACUACGGCGAGGCGAACUUUGUAGCCGAUUGCAGCAAGGCAGGUGUUGAUGGCUUCAUCGUCGUUGACCUGCCUGUUGAGGACGCAGUGCGAUUUCGUAAUCUUUGCGUUGGUGCAGGUUGUUCCUAUAUUCCUAUUAUUGCGCCAUGCACCCCAGAUGACCGGAUCAAAUUGUUAUGCUGCAUGGCAGACUCAUUUGUCUAUCUCGUUUCUCGCAUGGGCGUCACCGGCAUGAGAGGUGAAUUGGACACACAGUUGCCCGGGAUGAUUAGAAAGGUGAAGAAGUUGGGUGGAAAUCCCCGGGUUGCCGUCGGAUUCGGCAUAGAGAGUCGCGAUCAGUUCCUGAAAAUCACAUCUGUUGCUGACGGCGCGAUCAUUGGAAGUUGUUUGCUCAAUGACCUCGCCCGUGCACCCUCAGGAAAGAGGCCGGAGGCAGCGAGAAAGUUCUGUCUGAGAAUGAGAGGGAUUAGGGAUCACGCUGACGGCUCCAUGGGCCUAGGGCAGAAUCCUAGGUCUCCACCGGACCAGACAACACUACAUUUUGUAGGUCCCAAGAAACACACUGUCACAAAACGAGAUAUUCCCGGACCCUACGGCGGACAAUACGUCCCAGAAGCAAUGGUGAAAUGUCUUUCGGACUUAGAGAGUAGCUUCAGAGCUGCGGUAAAGGAUCCACAGUUCUGGAAGGAAUAUGAGUCGUAUUACUCGUACGUGGGACGUCCUUCAGGUCUGCAUAAAGCUUCCCGUCUCAGUGCCUUUGCGGGAGGGGCCACCAUCUGGCUGAAACGGGAAGACCUCAACCACACCGGGUCACACAACAUCAACAAUGCACUCGGACAGGUCCUCCUAGCUCGUCGGUUAGGAAAGAAAAACAUUAUCGCGGAGACUGGAGUUGGAUACCAUGGCCUUGCGACAGCUGCGGUAUGUGCCAAGUUGGAUAUGAAUUGUACCAUUUAUAUGGGCCUCCAUGAUAUGCAGCACGAACCAGAGAAUGUAUUCAUGAUGCGGGCAAUGGGUGCAACGGUCCUCCCAGUCCGAUCUGGAGCAGGGAGUAUGUGUGAUGCCAUUGAUGAAGCCUUUCGAGCCUGCAUUGCAGACAUCAACAACAACUAUUACGUGAUCGGGUCCGCUGUUGGCCCACACCCUCUUCCGGCUAUAGUCAGGACCUUCCAGUCUGCGAUUGGCAAGGAGACCAAGGCCCAGUUUCGAGAACAAACCGGCAAACUACCCGAUGCGAUCGUGGCAUGUGUCGGUGGAGGAUCGAAUGCCGUUGGCAUGUUCCAUCCUUUCGUCGGGGACAAAUCUGUCCGACUGAUUGGCGUUGAACGAGAGGCAGAAGCUGCAUCUUUAGGUGGUGGUUCUGUCGGGGUUCUUCACGGAAGCAAAACCUACAUUCUCCAAGAUGAAGACGGCCAAAUCCGCAAGCCACAGUCCAUCUUUAUGGGAAUGAACUAUCCCGGAGUAGGCCCGGAACUUGCAAGCUGGAAAGACUCGGGCCGUGCCACCUUUUUUAGUGCCACAGGGUCUCAAGUGUUGGAAGGGUUCCGGCGAAUGGGCGAGUUGGAGGGGAUCGUUCCCGCGCUGGAAUCCUCGCAUGCGAUUUGGGGUGCUAUACAAGUGGCUAAGGAGAUGGGACCAAAGAAGAAUGUGGUUCUCUGCGUCAGUGGACGGGGGGAUAAACAGGUGCAGACGGUUGCCGAGGAACUACUGCUGCUUGGGCCAGAUCUUGGAUGGGAACUACCCGGGCGAGUGCCACUCCAGGAUGGCACCUGGGCGUCUUCGUUCCAGGCAGUUGAUUCGGAUCUGUUGCAGAUUUAA